CUGAGCUCUUAAUUAGCAUUUCUAUAUAAUUAACUCUCAGAGGGAACCAAAUUCUGGUUUAUUUCCCAUGGCAAUUCAUCUAUGCUCCAACAAUAUGUUUCUCUUUAUAUUAUGGAUCUUUUGUGCUUUUUCAGUUUGUGCCAAUUCUAAUCCAAACUGGCAUAACAGGAAGCAUCACACAUUAGGAAAUUGGAUGAACCAUGGUGGUGAUUUGUUCAAUCAAAGAUUUGCCUAUGGUGAAAGAAAAAUUAGUCCUAUGACUGCUUCAAAGCUGAGGUUAAAAUGGGAAUUCAAAGCCGGAAAAGAUAUAACGGCUACGCCAGCGAUAUUCGCUGGAAUAUUAUAUUUUCCUAGCUGGAAUGGCAAUAUAUAUGCAGUGAGAGCCAAAGAUGGAGUUGUUGUUUGGGAAAAAAGUUUGCAAGAGUUGACUGGAAUUAAUGGGAAAUUUAAUUCAUCUUCAUUGCCUAAUGUUACAAGUAUAGUUGCAAGAGCAACACCAAGUGUUGUAAGUGAUAGGGAUUUGGUGAUUGUGGGAGUUUAUGGGCCAAGUUUGGUUCUUGGUUUGAAAAGAAGUAAUGGAGAUCUUAUUUGGAGUACAAGAUUGGAUGAUCAUCCUGCUAGUGUUGUUACCAUGUCUGGUACAUACUACAAGGGAGCUUUUUACGUAGGAACUUCAUCACUAGAAGAAGGUGCUACAAUCGAUGAAUGUUGCUACUUUCGUGGUAGCUUCCUCAAGUUAGAUAUUGAAACAGGAAAAAUACUAUGGAAAACCUUCAUGCUGCCAGAAAAUGGUGGGAAAAAAGGCGGUUAUUCUGGCGCCGCCGUAUGGGGAAGCAGCCCUUCCAUCGAUUCGCGGAGAAACCACGUCUACAUCGCCACCGGAAACCUCUACUCCGUCCCUAAACACAUUGAGGACUGCCAAAAGGAGCAAAAUCAACAGAACCAAACGAACCCGACCGGACCUGACCCAUGCAUCGAGCCCGAGAACCACUCGAACUCGAUGUUGGCCUUGGAUUUGAAGUCCGGUGAGAUCGAAUGGUACAGACAGAUUGGAGGAUACGACGUGUGGUUUGUCGCGUGCGCAAAUUCGACGAACCCUAAUUGCCCGGUUGGCCCGAGCCCUGAUUAUGAUUUUGGUGAAGCUCCAAUGAUGUUAAGUGUGCUUGUUAAUGGAACAAAGAAGCUAGACAUUGUAGCAGCUGUGCAGAAGAGUGGAAUUGCCUGGGCAUUGAAUCGUGAUAAUGGUGACCUCUUCUGGACUACUGAAGCUGGUCCUGGAGGCGUAGGAGGAGGAGGCAUAUGGGGAGCAGCCACAGACACAAAGAGGGUGUACACUGGCAUUGCUAACAGCGAUAACUUAAACUACACAUUGUACCCAUCGACAAAUGUGACAACAGGUGGAGGUUGGGUGGCAAUGGAUGCUCAAACCGGCGAAAUCCUAUGGACAACCGCAGUUCCAGACAACGGUAGAUCAAACCCUAUAACUGUUGCCAAUGGAGUGUUGUUAGCUGGUUCACAAAAUCCGAGAGGUCCCAUUUACGCCAUUGAUGCGAAAACUGGGAAAAUAUUGUGGUCGAACGAGACAGGUGCAACUGUGUAUGGGGGUAUGUCAGUGAGCAAUGGGUGCUUUUAUGUUGGCCAUGGUUACAGGUCUGGUAUAGGAGUCUUUAAUCCCAACAACACUGCUGGAACUUCACUCUUUGCCUACUGUGUAUGUUGAAAUGCCAAAUGAUGUCUCACUAUAACUUUGGCAAAUCAUUUGUAAUUGAAUGCUGCAUUUAUCAUUGACCAUAAAUAAAGAAAUGCAUGUUCCUUCU